GCCCAAUUUUAAAAUAUCUGUCCCCCAUCGAAAUCGUCAGCCUGAUAUCGAUUGACAUCGAGAAGGAAGUUGCAGAGACGAUGCGGACGGAUUCGAAAAUGGCUAAGUUUCUUCAAUCCUAUGGAUAUGAUCUGAUCCUGGGAGCUAUAGCUGCAAUUUAUGUGCUCAUGGCACCAUUCACUAAAGUGGAAGAGAGCUUUAACGUACAGUCAAUGCACGACAUUCUUUACCAUCGCCAUCGUUUGGACUCGUAUGAUCAUUUGGAGUUCCCUGGUGUUGUCCCUCGAACUUUUAUUGGAGCCUUUAUAGUCUCUUUCUUUGCAUCACCCGUUGUAUUCAUCAUCAGCUUCCUUGGCUUCCCCAAAAUUUAUAGUCUUGUUGCAGCUCGUUUAGUGUUGGGGUGUAUCAUACUAUCCACACUUAGAUUUUUCCGGAUUCAGAUAAGGAACAAGUUUGGACAUCAAGUGGAGUCUUUCUUCGUACUUCUCACCAGUCUCCAGUUUCAUUUACUUUUCUACUCCACUCGUCCUCUGCCUAAUAUUCUUGCUUUGGGAUUAGUUAAUCUGGCAUAUGGUAAUUGGUUGAAGGGAAACUUCUAUUCAGCUUUGAACUUCCUGAUUUUUGCCACUGUUAUCUUCAGAUGCGAUGUGAUAUUACUGCUUGGCCCUAUCGCUCUCGAGUUUUUAUUGACCAGAUCGAUCUCCUUCUGGAAAACGCUCAAGUAUUGUGUUGGAACCGCUGUGGUGGCUGUAGGUCUUACCAUUUGCGUUGACUCUAUCAUGUGGAAGAAGUUUGUUUGGCCAGAAUUUGAAGUUUUCUGGUUUAACUCCAUUCUGAACCGGAGUUCUGACUGGGGUACACAUUCCAUUCAUUGGUACUUCACCUCAGCACUCCCACGGUCUUUACUUGUAGCGUAUCCUCUUUCUCUGUUUGGUAUUUUACUUGACAGGAGGGUUCCAUUCCAUAUUGUUCCAGUUAUAUCAUUUGUUAUGCUCUACUCUAAGCUUCCACACAAGGAACUCCGUUUUAUUAUUAGCUCAGUGCCAAUGCUCAACUUAUCUGCUGCUGUUGCUGCUAGCAGAAUCUACAAGAACAGGAAGAAAACUAUUUGGAAACUGGCAAACAUGGUUAUGCUAGCAUUAUUUGCAAUCAGUGCAGGGUGCACGGUUCUCACAUUCAUGGCAUCUUACAACAACUAUCCAAGCGGCUAUGCUCUUAAGCGCUUGCAUCAGAUAAGCCAUCCUGCAAAUGUAAUGGGAGAAGAGUGGGUUCACAUAGACACCUUUAGUGCUAUGAAUGGAAUAUCUCGCUUUUGUGAAAGUGCUUUUCCUUGGAGAUACUCAAAAGAGGAAAACAUUGUGGUGGAGGAGUUACGAAACCGAAAUUUCACGUACCUUGUGAGCGAGCACCCGUCUGUGGAUGGAUACAAGUGCUUGUUUUCUGAAGAAGGCUUCGACAGAAUCGAACUGCGGCGAGGUUUCCCUCCCAUUGUUCUGGUGAAAAGAGCCAAAGUAUACGUGCACCGGGAUAUGAAGACGGAUGACCAGUUGCAUAAGAAAUGGCCAGGAUGUUAGAUUCAUUGUUUUUGGUCGAUGUAGCACGGCUUUGUUAUCCUGAGAGAGAGAGGAGAAGAUGUAACGAUGUCCAGAUAUUAGUAUACUUCCUUCCAUAUGUCUGUCGCUUUUCUGAUUCGUUGUUUUGGUCGAUGUAUCACAGCUCUCUGAGUUUACUUUUUUUUUUAUUUUGGUUCGAGACGCUCACCAUUUCA